UCCGGCAAGCGGUUUCUGCCGCCUCUGCCAGCACCUCCGCUACCUCCCAGGCUGCCUGCGCCGCCGCCGCCACCACCGCCACCUCCUCCGCUGCCACCUUGGAGCCCUCCUCCUUCUCUGCCCCUUCCACCGCCUCCCAACUCUCCAGGCCCUGUGUCCUGGAGAAGAAGCCACGUUCGGUCUCGCUGGCGGCGGGCCCGGGGCGCAGCCAUGGCGGACGGCGGCGGCGGCGGGGGAACCGGCGCGGUGGGCGGCGGUGGUGCUGGCCAGGCCUCGGCUGGGUCAGCGACCGGUGCAACUGGGGCUGGCGGGAGCGGCGGCCCCAUCAACCCGGCCUCGCUGCCUCCUGGCGACCCGCAGCUCAUCGCUCUCAUCGUAGAGCAGCUCAAGAGCCGGGGCCUGUUUGACAGCUUCCGCCGGGACUGCCUGGCCGACGUGGACACCAAGCCAGCUUAUCAAAACCUGAGGCAGAAAGUGGAUAAUUUUGUGUCAACACAUCUGGACAAGCAGGAAUGGAAUCCUACAAUGAACAAAAACCAGUUGAGAAAUGGUCUGAGGCAGAGUGUGGUUCAGUCAGGGAUGUUGGAAGCUGGAGUAGACAGGAUUAUUUCUCAGGUGGUGGAUCCAAAACUAAACCACAUCUUCAGGCCACAAAUAGAGCGAGCAAUUCAUGAGUUCCUGGCAGCCCAGAAAAAAGCAGCGGUGCCAGCACCCCCUCCAGAGCCUGAAGGCCAGGACCCUGCAGCUCCAUCCCAGGACACUCCCUAAGAAUAUUCCUGACACAUUUUGAAAGUGCCAUUUAAUCAAUGGUGAAGAAGUGGAUUUGGAUGUGUAAGAGUGCAACUUCAGAAUGAAGAUAGGUCAAGGUCAUCAGCGAUGGCAAGAUUUCAGCCUUGACCGCAGGCAGUGUACAGAUCGAACGAUGAGGAGCAAGUGUGGCAGUGGGGAAGUUGACUGUGUUGCCCUGUCAUCGUGCUGCCACUUGAGCCGCCUGUCCAAGGGUGUGACACCAGUAGACACUACAGAGAGAAACACUACAGCAACCGCUUCAGGGAUAUGAGCCCUGAAGCCGACUUUGAUACUUGAACAUGGAGACUGUGCAUGGACUUCAGGGUUUGUGCUCUGAGAUGAAAUGAGCUACAGUGAAAGAACAUAAGCAAUCCCAAAGAUAAUUUCAGAGGACAAUGACAGGUUAGCUGGGAAGCAGGUAUUCGACAAUGCUUAUUUGAUGUUAUUUCUCAGAGUUGCAAACUAGAAGGUACAAGCCUCAGAUAGCUUUAAAGUUGUCAUGACUUUCUUGUACAUGAAUCUUCUAGCCAGUUUUCUUUCCCUUGUAAGAGGUGACAAAACUUGGAGCCCUAGGAUAUGUGGAAGCUCAGACAUUGCAGUGAGGAGAAACAGUUGCAGGUUCUCCGUCCAGGGCUGCUUCCUAUUCUGCAAGGGCUAGUGAGUCUUGGUAUUUGUUAGAAUGGUCAAUUAAUGGUGUGAAGUUUUAUAAUAAAAUCAUUUGAUACCC